AUAUCUUCUGGUCAGAGAUACUUCUUAAAUCACAUUGAUCAGACAAGAAUGUGACAGGACCCCAGGAAGGCCAUGUUCUUUCAGAUGAAUGUUACAGCCCUCACCAGUCCUUCAGUGCAGCAGAAUAUGAUAAACUCAGCUAAAGCCAUUAACGAGAGAAUCAGUCAGAGUGCUCCAGUGAAACAGCCACCACCCCUGGCUCCCCACAGACCACAAGGAGGCGUCAUGGAUAUUGGCAACCUCAACCAGCAGCAACAGAUUCCACUGCAGCAAUUGCAGAUGGAGAAAGAGAAAGUGCAACUGAAACAGCAAGAACUACCUUGGCAGGAGUUAGUGUUCUGUAGCCAGUUACCAACACCGGACCAGAAUGGUGGGACUCAAAAUCCAGUAACUUCCCCUGAGAUGUCUCAGGAAUUGAGAAAAAUGAUGACUAAGAGCUCAGAUGCCUUUCUUAACAGUGGCACCUAUCACUGUCAAAACGAGAGUACAGACAGUGUACUAAGCAUGAGCAGCUACAGUGUCCCUGACAUCCCCAAUGACUUCCUGAACAGCAUUGAUGAGAUGGAUACAGGUGAUACUAUCAAACAGAGAACUCUGCCCUCACAACAGAACCAUUUCCCAAACUACCUCGAAGCCAUUAGUGGUACAAAUGAGGACCUUGGAACACUGGAAGGAGAUGGAAUGAACAUAGGAGAGGAGUUGAUGCCAAGUCUGCAGGAAGCUUUGUGUUCUGACAUCCUUAAUGACAUGGAAUCUGUUUUGGCUCCUACAAAGCUAGAUAAAGAAAGCUUUCUUACAUAGUGAUAGAGACCUAAGAUAGACUGAAUUCUAAAUCUAUGGAGGAUCUAAAGAAAUAAGACAUAUAUGCCUGAAAUUUCCAAGUAAGCCAGUUGCAGUUUUCUGUCAAUACAGAAAAAGUCGAACAAAU